AUGAAUGGGUUCCGAAAACUGGACCAUCUCAAUUCGGCAUCUCUGACUUUGAAACAUUUGCUAAACAACAGUACAGUUCACCAGUCACCGCAAUCUGCAAUUGCCGAAUUCGUCGACAACUCCUAUGACGCCAAUGCUAAGAAUUGUAGCAUCGAAGUUUAUGAUACACCAAACAACGAAAGAAUCGAAAUCCUUGAUGAUGGCGAUGGAAUGACUCGUAGCGAAGCACUCAACAUCGUCAAAUUCGGCUUUUCCAACAAAGUCGACAACGCAAUCGGUCGAUACGGAAUGGGACUCAAAUCGGGAGGUCUUUACAUCGGAAGAGACAUUCUUUUGCUGACCAAAAAGGAUGAUGAGGAAACGGCCGUCUUCAUUUCGCAUUCCUUUCUUCGCGCUGAGAAUACCGAUGAGAAGGUGUAUAUUCCAUCGCCUUCGUGGAAAUACGGAGAAGCACACGUUCCGACUAUAGAAGAUGCAGAACGAUUUGACGAUGAAUGCGGGAUUAUCAACCAGUACAUGAGCGUCGAAGGCUAUGAAUCGUUUGAACAGUUGUUUGAUAAAAUCCCAGGUGAACAUGGAACCCUGAUUAUCAUCAGCAAGCUUCAAAGGGAUCCUCGUGGUGAGCUUGAAAUCAACAUCACUGGCGACAAAUGGGACAUCCAGGAUAUCGGAGACAACUUGCCACCACAUAAAUUAUCGUUGAGAAAGUAUCUCGAAAUCCUGUACCUGAAUCCGAAAAUGGCUAUUACACUACGGGGGAAAGAUGUGUAUCCUCGAAACGUGGUUGACAAUUGGAUGGCACGGUACACCGUGGAGUACAACGGCGAUAUGUCGACGGAGAGCUUGAACAAGACGAUUCACGAAAUACAAGCACAAAAAGCUCAGUGUAGGUUUCUUGGGAAACUUGUUACUCUUGUCUGCAUCCGUUGUAGCUGGAAAUUCGAGUGUGGGCGGAGCUCUCAAGUUCGGUAA